UAAAAACACCUUCUUCCCCUCUUUCUUCUCCAAAUCCACCGACCUUUCUUCUCCCAUCAUCGCCGCUCUCCUUCUCCCCCAAAUUCGAAAUCCAGCCUAACCCCAAAUCCAUCUACCAGUGUUUCUCCCCCAAUUAUCAAAUCUCAUUCUAACCCCAAAUUCACCUACCAGAGCAACGAAGAACGACCACAGGCGGCGGAGAAGAAUCAAGCGCGACGAGGGGUGCGAAGUCGCGGAACCAAAAGAGGUGGGUCCAUUUGCCGGCGGACUACCACCGUUCGACUCCUCUCUCCACGGCGAACAUUUUGAGCCGUCAACCAUCUAUUUUGGUUACUCGCCGACAAGCGACGUCUUCCUCUUCGAGCGCCUUCUUUUCGACCUCAUUUCCUCCGCCAUCUGAACGAAUCUCAGGCCGUCGUAUGCAAUAAGCAGAUAGUUUUUGGAAUGAUAGAGGGUGCUCGAGUUCGGCUGAAAGGAUGGCAGCGCGCUGCCGUUGCAGUUGGAUCAGCUGUCGGAGCAUUGUUGGAUCCACGAAGAGCUGAUUUGAUAGCUGCGCUGGGGGAGACAACUGGAAAGCCUGCAUUUGAAAGUGUGCUCAAAAGGAUGAAGAGGAGUCCAGAAGGAAGGGCUGUACUAUUGGAGCGUCCUCGUGUUAUAUCUGCUAAUGUUGGCCAUGCAUGGGACCUUCCACCUAACACAUUUGGUGCUGCAUAUGCAAAGUUUAUGGGAUCCAGGAAUUUCUCCCCAGAUGAUAGACCACCAGUCAGGUUCAUGGAAACAGAAGAAGUAGCCUAUGUUGCAACCCGUGCUCGUGAGGUGCAUGACUUCUGGCACACUCUCUUUGGGCUACCUACCAAUUUAAUUGGCGAAUCAGCAUUGAAGGUUAUAGAAUUUGAGCAAAUGCUGCUCCCAAUGUGCGCCCUAUCUGUUGUGGGUGGUACUGCUAGAUUCAGUGAAAAGCAGAGGAAACUAUUCUACCAACAUUACUUCCCUUGGGCUCUUCGGGCAGGUAUGAGAUGCACUGAUCUAAUGUGUGUGUAUUAUGAGCGCCAUUUUGAGGAUGACUUGGAAGAUGUUCGUCGAAGAUGGGGAAUCAUCCCUGCUCCUCCCCCGCAACAAACUGCCACCUGAGAUUGAUAAUGCGUUGGUUGCACUCCAUCCUGGUAAACCAAAGAACCUCCUCCGGGGCGGCAUGGACCUUUAUUGAUGGUUGGUCCUGGGACACAUCACUUAUUUUUAGUCAAGUGCAACAUGAAGCAUUUCACACAGGGAAGUCAGGGGAAUUGCUGGAAACUGACAUGACCACCUAAACCUUACAACGGUGUAUGCAAAAUUGUCAAUGUACACCGUGGGCAUGACAGGGCAGAUAAUUGUGGUUUCUUCAACUUUUUACACACUCUUAUUCUCACAUAGUUCAAAUAUCUAUUCUUUA